AUGAAUAGCGUAACUCCCACUCGAACAGACCUAUCUGAAAAAGCACACAAGAACCCUAAAGUAGCUCAGGAAAGCAUUCCCCUUUUGUGCAAGAGCGAAACAGAAAACAAGGAGCCCAACACUUCUUCUGCAGAUAAUGAGACACCGGAUGAAAGCUUACCUGAAACGCUCAAGAUGGGGUUUUUCCUAAGCCAUACGAAACUAUAUGCAAAUUUGAAGAAAAUAGCCUCUUUUGCAGCAAACAGAGAAAGCAUAGAACAGUGCAGAAACGACGCUAUAAUCGGAGAGCUGUACUCUUUGGUGGCAAACACCGUCGAGAUGGAAAUAGACAGCGGGGAUAAAGAGCUAGACGCGCGUAUGCAUGACAUAGCGCUCUAUCUCAUUGAGGAAAUCAUUACCAAGAACAGCCUAAGCACCAACCGCCUUAUGCCUGUGUUAACCAGUCUGUCUAUAGAGCACAUAGGAAACGCAAAAGUCGUUUACAAAUCCCUACUAUCCGCUGUAGAAGACAUUCUCGACAAUGGGUGCACCCGAAAAAUGUUCAAUGCCAUAAAAGCCUGGUAUACACAUGUUUUGAAGAGCAGCUCCCGAGAAAGCGCGCUGCAGUAUCUGCAGUAUGCCCAUAAAACCCUUGCGCGCAGGGCGUUUUUCUCUAUAUUUACCCUGGCUAAGCUAGAAGGCGACUUGAGCGCGCUGGUAGAGAGUGUGCAAAGAUGCACAGAGCCCGGCAUGCUGCUCCACCCAAUAGACCUUUUUGAGAAAAACUCGCGCGGCGUGUACAACCUAGACGCUGCGCUGCUUCUUCUGCAGGAGUACAGAAGAGGCAUUUUUCUGGGGUGCACAGAGCAGCUUGCAGAGAAGGCCCUGGGAAUGCCAACGGAGCACAAGCGCCUUCUGCUGGCGCUGUACAAUAGCUGGGGGAAGGUGUGCAAUGUAUACGAGAUCCUAGAGGACUUGAUCGACCCGAAAGGACAGCACAUAAACAUGCCCUAUCUGAUUUCCAUGAGCAAAAAGGAGUCGCCCAACCCCAAGCGCAUCAUCCAGCCCCCAGAACAGUGCAAUAGACACCACUGCAUGAAGCUGGGAGUGCUCGAGUGGAUCUGCAAAAAAGAAGAAUGCAGUGAAAAUAUGAAGGCAUAUAUGCUCGACUGCUUCCUUGACUUGGGGCGCAUUGUUGGAAUGCGCCUAGAAGACAUACAGAGAAAGCACAAAGAAAUCACAGACAGGAUAAUGGCCAUGUACAACCAAAGUGGCAGAAAAAAAAGCCGGCGGAUCGCAAUUAAGCUAGAGAACUCUGACACAGACACCAGCGCAUCUAGUUUCCAGCUGUUUUUCAAUGACGAUAUUGUGGACGAGAUGCUUGGAAAUACACGCUGGCGGAUAAUCAAAUGGACAGGCGCCCUUUUUAUUGGUUUCUUGACUUUAAUAAUAAUCAUUAUGCGCAAUGAUAAAGUGCAAACUGUGGAGAGCCUGGGCGGCCCUGCGCCUGACAUAGUGGAGCAUCCUAAGCUAUAA